CAUGGGACCCAGAACGCUCGUUGAGUUCCCGCAACCCUCCAGCGACGUAGACGGCAACUAGUCCUGGUUUAAUGGGCCAAGAAUCGCGUCAGACGACUCGUUUGGCUUGAUGCCCACGAUUCUUGGUGCAGAGGAUGAAGAACUCCAGACUUUGCAGGGAGGACGGAGUCUCGACGCAGACAGGGGCUCCCCCAGUUGGAUCCCCAAGAAAAGACCUUGGCUUUGCAUCUGCAGACGUGUUGCUUACGUGAAUGUCUCCCCCAAUUCUACACAGAAGGGCCUGGCGGACGAGAAGGGGACUGAAGGUGAUUGUUUGGCAGCUGCCAGGAAGGUGUGCCAAAGAGCUGGACCCUCAAAGACCUGGCUCGCGCUUCCGAGAUGUCUUGGGGCUCCACAGAAUUUGGGCGCAGCCAAGGCGGCCAAGACAUGCUGGCAAUGGAGUCAAGGUAUCCUAGCAGUGAUGGAGGACAACGCACAGGUGCUUUGUUCAAAACAAGGCCUGGUGGUAUUGGCAGUGCUACUCCAACGAUCAGAUCCAGAUCCACGUGCAGGAUUCAUCAGCUUGGCUCACUUUCAGGGAACAAUGAGAAGCUACCAAUCCCGAGCUGGCUACGGUUACCUGUUGAAGGGGGCCUACGAUCGUUUUGAAGCGGAGGCAAGGAAGCAUGGAGAUAGAUUCAAAGAACAAUUCUUCCGCUGGGCCUUUCACAUCGAGGCUGCCACCACAUGGCCGGUGUGCAAGAACUACGAGGAGGGACGACAUGUGCUCCUCAUCAUGCCGAGUAUCCACGACUUUGGCGGGAAGGGGAACCCAUGGCAUAGACUGGCGAACAUAUACCCAUAUUGGAUGUCGUUGGUGUUUCUUCAAGCGCGGGGGUCGGACGUCACUCUUUUCUGGCGGGACCGCCAAACCUAUUUGCUGGCUACAGGUGCACCACACCAAAAGCAACUGGACAUACUUGGGCAGAAACACUUGUGGCCAACAGCCGUGAAAGAUCUUUGCGGUUUUUCUGAACUGGUCGUGCCGUUCCAUGGUGGUUUUCUGUGGGACUUAGCUUGGGACGCUGAUUUUCAGUGUGCUCGACCUGAGUUCAGCCUCAUGCAGCAGUUUGUUUCUGAUUUUGUUGGGCUGAACGCUGGAACUGCCCCCUCCACUGGAAGUGCAAUGGAGGUGUGCUUUUUGAAUCGUACAGAGCAUCGUAUUCUUGCGAACCAUCAGCAAAUUCUGGAGCAACUGGGGCGCUGCACUGCCGGCAACAAAUUUUUAGAUGUUCGUGUUUUGAGUUUCAGUUGGUCAGACACUUGGGGCGAACAAAUGUCCAAUGUGAGUUCUUGUGAUGUACUCCUGGGAGUGCAUGGUGCCGGAUUGAGCCAUCUCCUGUGGCUUGGCUCCGAAGCCGUAGUCAUCGAGCUUCUUCCUGCAGUGAGUGGUAACGUUUCUGCUUAUGCGUACUACCGAAACUUGGCAAAACUCACGGGGAUCGAAUAUAUUCCUCUUCCCGCAGAGGCUCAUCCGCCAGAGAAUGCAACUUUUGUCAAUGUUUCGGUGAGCAGCCUCUUGAAUGCUGUGACUGCAGCUGCCUAUCGCAUCAGCAACCGUGGCUCUCGCCGCUGGACAUCCGCGCCGGUGUGCUUUUGAGUUCGAAACAAAAUGCUAC